CUCUCCAUUCGUAGUUGAGAUUCGGCGGAAAUAAGAAGCCGUUCCUUCUUUUCAGUUUUUAUUUUGGAAUUUAUUUCUCUUUAAGUCUCUUUGCUUGCUAUCGAAGCAGAUAAUAAUUCUAAGAAGUUCUCAUUUAAUAAUUAUCAAUUGAAAAGCAUUGAAAGUUGCUUACUUUGAAAAAGACAAAACUAAAGAACACAAAGGAAAAAAACGAAAGAAUUUGUCUCAUGAACACCAUAAAGGAGAACAAAAUAAUCGAUAUCAGAAAAAUAUAAAAAAAUCAUUUCAGUGUCAAAUUAUUUACUUGUUUUGUGAUAACGUGCAACGAGAGAUAAUAAAACCUAAAGCUUGUAUUCAUCGAGAAGAAACUAAGGCCAAUUGUGUACUCAAAAAAAAUUGUUUUAAUUUCUCUGAAAAGUUUAACAAUUAAAAUAAAAGAAAAAUGGCAUUAAGAUGCUUAGGAGUAUUGAUUAGUAAGGAGAUAUCUGCCGGUAUGACGCGCAGAAUCAGUACCACAGCUACAAGAAAAAUGCUUCAUGAUUCACCAAAUGCACAACUCAACAAACAACUGUUGAAUAGGUACACGCGACUUCAACAACAGAUUGAUCCGAAAUAUAUUCAAGCAACUUACUUGUGGAUCGAUGGAACUGGAGAGAAUGUAAGAUUAAAGGACCGUGUGUUAGAAAAAAUCCCAACUAGGCCUGAAGAUUUGCCACAUUGGCAAUACGAUGGCUCAUCGACAUAUCAAGCUCUUGGCGGAAACUCUGAUAUUUCCCUUGUUCCGCGUGCAAUUUAUCGUGAUCCAUUUAAGGCUGGAGAAAAUGAUAUCAUAGUUCUUUGUGACACUUAUAAGCCUGACGGCACACCAUGCGACUCCAAUCAUCGUGCAGCAAUGCAAGCGGCCUAUGAUCAAACUAAAGAUGAAGAACCUUGGUUUGGAAUCGAACAGGAAUAUACGUUCUUAGAUGUUGAUGGACGCCCCUUGGGAUGGCCUGCAAAUGGUUUUCCUGGCCCGCAAGGACCUUAUUAUUGCGCUGCUGGUGCUGACAAAGUCGUUGGUCGCGACGUUGUCGAAGCUCAUGCCUUGGCAUGUCUUUAUGCAGGUGUUCAAUUUGCCGGCACAAAUGCUGAAGUAAUGCCAGCUCAAUGGGAAUAUCAAGUUGGGCCAUCAUUAGGCAUGAAGGCCGCUGAUGAUCUUUGGGUAUCGCGUUAUAUUUUAUGGCGUAUUGCUGAAGAGUUUGGUGUUGUCGUCACCUUCGAUCCAAAGCCAGUGGAAGGUAAUUGGAAUGGCGCCGGUGGCCACACAAAUUUCUCAACCAAUGCAAUGCGAAAAGACGGUGGCAUUAGUGCGAUUGAACAAGCGAUCGAAAAGCUUUCGAAACAACACUUGAAGCAUAUUAAAGCUUAUGAUCCACGUGGAGGAAAAGAUAAUGAACGUCGUUUGCUUGGCGCACUUGAGACAUCGUCAAUCGAUAAAUUCAGUUCAGGUGUCGCUGAUCGUAGUUGCAGUGUUCGUAUACCUCGCGGUGUUGCGAAUGCUAAGAAAGGUUAUUUGGAAGAUCGUCGGCCAAGCUCCAAUAUGGAUCCAUACAGUGUCUGCAAUGCAAUCCUUGAGACAACAAUGUUGAACAAAUAAUUUCAUUCAAUCAGCAGAGAAUAACGAAGAAAAAUAUCACAAAUCACAAUAAGAAGAAGAAAUCCGAUCAUGAAUGAAUGAAACAAAAACGAAAAAUUGGCCGCGUUAUUAAUUUCUUGUUUACUAGGUAAAUUUUAUAAAGUCUUUCGAUUUUCCUUCGGUUUUUGUUUUCCAUCGAAUCGUUUUAAUGUAUUAAAUAAGUUUCAAAGUACUUGAAGUUUGCUGAUUACACGAUGUAUACUGUUUAUUAUUUAAUUAAGUUUUCUGUUUCGAAGUUUUAUGAAUUUUUAAUUAUUAAAAUUUUUAUUUAGCGGGGAAAUGUUAAAUAAUUUAAUUAUGAAAUGUAUUUUUUUGCAAAGUUAUAAGUUACGUCACGAUAAAUAAUUAAAUGAAAACUUUUCGCUCAAAUGCUGUCCACUUAGUUGUUAAGCUCAGAAAAUUUAAUUUAAUGCUUUUAAGAGAUAAUUUUUAAAUUGUGUCAUGACUUUUGGAUCCUCUCGAUAGAAACUCAACAAUUUUCUAAAAUUGCAUAAACAUAAAAUAAAAAUUUAAUUUCAAAUAUUUCAUUUUCUUUAUUCUUUAUCUUUUAACAACUUUCACUUUUUUCUUUUUAUAGUUUUUUCUUCAAAAAUAAAAAAUGAAAGUCAACUCCAACAUUAUCUAAAGAAGUCAAUUAAAGUUAUCAAAUUUAAUAAAAGAAUUUAAAUCGACAUUCUCUGAAACAUGUGACAUGUCUACAUAAUUCUCUUCAUAAAUAUUAUCUUAUCCGUAGAAAAAAAUGUGGAACGCAUGAAAAAUAUCUUUAAAAAGACUAAAUUGUUUUAAAAGUGCUUAGAGUACUCAAAAAGUUCACUUAGGAAAUUGACUGGAGUUGUGAGAAUGAAAAGAUAAAUGUCAGCAUUUUACUAUUGGCACUUGUUUCGAGAAUUUAUCUUUAAAACUUCUCCAUUCAUCUUGAAAAUGAAUGAGCUUGGAAAAAGAAUUGAUAGACAAGACUCACUUUUCUUAAGAAGAUCAAAACAGAAAGCCUCAGAAAGAAAUUCUUUUAUUGAACAAUAAAGUCUUUUGAUAUUGAAUUGAGAUGAAAAUUAUAGAAAAGUAAAUAUCAAGAAAAAAGAAAAUAUUUUUAAAUACUAAGACGAAGAAUGAUGAGAAGCAGUUGUUUCUAUAUUUAUUCAUACUCUUUUUUUCGAAGAAGAAUUUUUUAACAUGUUGUCAAAUUAAGUAAAGUAGAGUUGUAGUUACGUGUCUGUUUGUGGUGUGCUUAAUUAAUAUUAUAGAUAUGAAAUUGUUAAAAGUCACUUUUUUGACGAAAGACAAUAAAACUUAAGUGAAAAUGUUGGUUGAUAUGACAAUAGUUUGUCACUUAUAUAGGAAAUUCCAUUCUACCUAGGCAAGUUUGACACGAGGAUAAAUAAUUUUAUAAGGUUCUUUGUUUUCUUAUACUAUUCAAUAAUUUUUAACCUCGUUUCGCUGACGAAUGGAACAGGCAGAAUUUUAAAUUAAAAUGAGAAAAUGGAAAUAAAAAGAAGUUUUCUUCGUUUAUAAAUAGAACCAAA